AUGAUAGACUAUGAAGUGUCUGUUCAGCAGCUCAAUGAUCUGUUGACAGAUGAAAAUGGAGACUUUUGUAUGCCCUCCAAACAUUUUAAUGAAGUCUACCCAGGGAUACUCCUAGGAAAUGAGUCUGUAGCUACAAAUGUAACACGUUUGCAUCAGCUGGGAGUGACACACAUCCUCAAUGCUGCAGAAGGCCAAUCGGAUAUGCAUGUGAACACGGAUGCAGAGUUCUAUGCAGACACGGGGAUCAUCUAUCAUGGGAUACCAGCCUUUGACACUGACCAUUUUGACCUCAGUGUAUAUUUUGAAGAGGCUUCUAAUUUCAUUGAAACAACUUUGGCAAUGCAAGGUAAAGUGUAUGUACACUGUCAGAAAGGCUACAGUCGUUCGGCUGCACUAGUUAUCGCACACCUGAUGCUGCAGCACAGGAUGGAUGUACGAGCUGCUGUGGCCACAGUGAGAGAGAAACGGGAGAUCGGGCCCAAUGAUGGAUUCCUGCGACAGCUCUGCCAGCUAAACGACAGGCUGGACGGAAGGAAGGCUGUGUUGAUAAUACCUAAAUAUAUAAAUUUGAAGUGAUUAAUAGCUAAAUAAGUGUUUACAAUUUUCAGUUAAUCUGUUUUUAUCAUCUAAAUGUUAGCAGUUAGUUGGCAAGUCGAUUCAGUUUUCAUCAUCUUAUUAGUAUCUUCUGCCUUCUAGUGGUACUGGUGAUCGUAGUUUAUGCAGUGUCAAAUUAAAGGAAUAGUUCACCCAAAAAUUGUCAUCAUUUACUCACCCUCAUGCCGUUCCAAAUCUGUGUGAGUUUCUUUCUUAUUUUGAACACAACAGAAGAAUUUUGAAGACCCAAACCGUU